GCUGGUCUUGUGACUCUGAAGGUUGCAGCCUUUUUACUGAGUCUCCACCUGAAAGAAUCGUGGGCCUUUGUCUGUUUUUGUAGCUCUUCUGCCAACAGAAAGUUCCAAAGCCUCUGCUGUAAAAGACACCGGAACCUGGCUUCUGCAGAGAACUCCGAGUGUGGGCUGGUUCCAUUCACCAUGGCUCCUGACCAGGAAAAGAAAGAGUUGACAGAACCGCAGCAGGAACCUGAUGGCGCAGCUAACUUUCACUUUAGGUACAGCACCAUCACUCCACCAGCAUCUCCCGACCCAACAGAGGAGAGCUCGCAAACCUAUCUAGAUGAGAAGAUCCCAAUCCCAGAUGAUAGUUCGACUCGAUUUAGCUUUCGGAAGCUCUGGGCCUUUACAGGACCUGGGUUUCUGAUGAGUAUUGCAUAUCUGGAUCCAGGAAACAUUGAAUCUGACCUCCAGUCUGGAGCUGUGGCAGGAUUUAAGCUGCUUUGGAUCUUGCUGACAGCUACUGUUAUAGGACUGCUGCUACAGCGACUGGCUGCCCGCUUAGGUGUGGUAACUGGGAUGCAUCUCGCUGAGGUCUGCCACAGGCAGUAUCCUAAGGUCCCUCGAAUUGCUCUGUGGCUAAUGGUGGAACUAGCAAUCAUUGGCUCAGACAUGCAGGAAGUGAUUGGAUCAGCUAUAGCUAUUAACCUGCUGUCUGUUGGAAGGAUUCCCCUGUGGGGCGGAGUAUUAAUAACUAUUGUAGACACGUUUGUGUUCCUGUUUUUGGACAAAUAUGGUUUGAGAAAACUGGAAGCUUUCUUUGGUUUCCUCAUUACAGUUAUGGCAGUUACAUUUGGAUAUGAGUAUGUGACUGUGAAGCCAGAUCAGGGACAGCUGCUGAAGGGGAUGUUUGUUCCCUACUGUGAAGGCUGUGGAACCCGUCAGUUGGAGCAGGCAGUUGGAAUUGUCGGAGCUGUGAUCAUGCCCCACAAUAUCUACCUACACUCUGCUUUGGUUAAGUCCAGGGAAGUGAACCGAGCCAAUAAGAAUGAAGUGAGGGAGGCAAAUCGCUACUUCUUCAUCGAAGCCUGCCUGGCUUUGUUUGUGUCGUUUCUCAUCAACGUCUUUGUGGUCUCAGUGUUUGCAGAAGCUUUUUAUAAUCGCACCAACGCACAAGUGCACGAAGCUUGUUUCAACCAGAGCGGCCCAUAUUCCGACCUCUUCCCUCUGAACAAUCAGACUUUGGAAGUUAACAUCUACAAAGGGGGCGUUGUGUUGGGCUGUUACUUUGGUGCUGCCGCUCUCUACAUCUGGGCCAUUGGCAUCCUGGCAGCAGGUCAGAGUUCAACCAUGACUGGAACAUACUCGGGACAGUUUGUCAUGGAGGGCUUCCUGAACUUGAAGUGGUCCCGCUUUGCUCGUGUUGUCUUCACUCGAUCCAUUGCUAUCACUCCAACACUGCUGGUUGCAUUGUUCCAAGAUGUGGAACAUCUGACUGGAAUGAAUGACUUCCUAAAUGUUCUUCAAAGCAUGCAGCUGCCAUUUGCACUGAUCCCGAUAUUGACAUUUACAAGUAUGAGCUCAGUAAUGCACGAUUUCGUCAAUGGCCUGGCCUGGAAGAUUGCUGGCGGAAUCAUUGUUGUUAUCAUCUGUGCAAUUAAUAUGUACUUUGUGAUAGUUUAUGUUUCGAGUCUGGGGCAUGUGGCACUUUACCUGGUUGCAGCCGUCAUUUCAGUUGCAUACUUGAGUUUUGUCGCUUACCUGGCCUGGUACUGUGCAGUCUCACUGGGAGUCCCCAUUCUGAACUGCGGACGCACGACUGGCUUUGCAACACCUAUGGAACUCUCUCUGCUGAAUGACAUGGACAAUCACACAUGAUUCCCGCAGUGAUCUCGAGCUGAUGGUGUUAGAAGAUUACGAGGAAUCCCUUUCUAUGCGGUUGUUAUUACAUAGGACAUCCCGAGAUGAAAUUCACUACUGAAGCACUCUGUGGGCAGAGAAUCUGCUUUCAAAUAUCAAAAACAAUCGACAUUUCUUGUUUAAUUGCUGGCAGAGAACGUACAUUUUGAGUGCCAUUAAUCAACCAUGUAACAGACUGAUUUACACGACAGUGACCUGUGCAAUAUGGGAAAUAGUCCAGCAUUUAUUGGAGGGAUGGGAAAGGAGGCUUAUAGUUUUUCAGUUCCAUGGCGGGAAUAUCCACAGGGAUAGGCCUGGAAUUUCAAGCGUCAAAGCCUUGCAAAUGUUGCUAAAUGUACACAGUGCCAUUCUGGAGCUUUAUAAAGAGGUUUUGCUGUGUACUGUCAGAGGGACACAGAUUAAUGUA